AUUGAACCUUCUCAGUGUCUAAUUCCAGCUCAACUAUAUUGACUAAGCAUGUCAAGACUUAAUUUUAGGGUGAAUGAAGAUCUGAUGAAUAUCUGGAUAUGAUGUGGAGUCUAUACUUGUGAUGAGCUUAACCUCAUGACAGGAUAUGAUGAACUGGAGGAGGGCUGCAAUGUUUUGCACUGAUGAUUCCACCCUGGGUACCUGAAGGGGGCAGAAACCUGAAAAACAUCCCAGGUUAUGCUCACAGGUAUCAUAGGAGGGAGGGAGAGAGCAGAUGGAGUGUGAUUGACACAAACUCGGUGAGACUCUCAGUCCUUAUCCAGGGGAAUUUGACAUGAAGUUUCUUCUGGUGUUGAUGUGUCUCUGGCAGAUGAUGCUGGUGACACUGAUAUUGGCACGAAUGCUAUAAUUUACAUUGCUGGAGUCAUCAUUGCUGGAACUAUAAUUGGCUGUGUUGCUAUAUUACGAAGUCUCAUCGCAGAUGACAUCUUUAUCCAGUGGCCGAGAUGAAGUUGCUGCUGGUUCUGAUGUCCUCUCUCUCUCUGGUGGACGCUCCAGAGUCUGAUGUGAUUGGCUCACAUAACCCAGUUACAGUAACACUCGGUGAUAACGCCAUCCUGCCAUGUUACCUGGAGCCUCCAUUCGAUGUGAGGACUCUAACAGUGGAGUGGAAACGUGAUGAACAAUAUGUCCACGUCAGCCGACAUGGGAAGGACUAUCUAGAUGAUCAGGAUGAGAACUUCCGAGGUAGAACAUCUGUCUUCCAUGAAGAAAUGAUCUUUGGAAACAUUUCACUAAAACUGACCAACGUAACUGAACUGGAUGCUGGAAGUUACACCUGCUUUGUUCCUAAACUACAAAGUCAGGCCAGGAGAGGCUUCAUUAACCUCACUGUUGAGCCAGUGGAGCAGAAAAAUGACAAAGGAAGUCAGACCAAUAAUACCAACACAGAGCCAGGGAAUCAUGGUGUUCUUGGCGCUGUUGCUAUAACUGGCAUUUCUGUAGCAGUCUGUGCUCUCCUUGCUGUUGGUAUUGCUGCUGUAUUAUGGAUGAAAUAUGGAAAUCUCAGAGGACAAGAGAGAGAAUAUCUUCCAGCACAGAGGGACAAUGCUGGACUCUGAUGUCAAAAUGUGUUUUUUCUAAAGGUUCAUGCAGUCAGUACACAAUACAAUCAUGACUGAAGGUAUGUGUGAGGUUUUCAUUUGUAUUCACUGUAAACUGGAUGAUGAUAGCAGGUAACUCCUGUCUGAACUCAUGGUGGCGCUAUGGUCAUCAGCAAAAUCUCAGUACUGAGUGUGCAGUAAAUUUUGUCUCCUGUCAGUGUUUUACUUUUGACUUGAUGUUACUGCUGUGUAAGGCUGAGCUUAUUUUAACUACUCUAUACACAGUUGGGUAGUUUAAUCUACAGCAAUGCAUCAUAUUCUAUCAGAUCAUAACAUAGUUUAACAUAGUUUUCCUGUAAGGUUCUCACCUGUAAAAAAUCAGAAACAGCCUAUUUUCAAAUUUUACUUAUACUUGAGUAAAUGUACUUAGUUACAUUCCACCACUAGACACAUUACAGUAACAAUAAACAGCUGUCUGACCUGUGAUUACUGUCAGUAUGAGCAGUUACAUUAGGCUGUAUGUGUAAGAUAUUACAGGAUAAACAUUAAAUAGAGCUACACUGAGACGUAUCAAUGAAUUUAUUUAUUUUUCACUGUGAUCUGUAAAUACUGUAAAAACUUGUAAAUGUGUUUGUUGGUUGAAUAUAUUCUGAAAGGUUUAUGAACGAUGUCGACCUGAGGUACGUGUGCAAAUGAUUCCACUGGAUGUCAGUAAAUCCUUCACACUGGACCUUUAAUAGUGUGUUUGUAGUGCGCCUCAUGUUAUCUAGCUUCAUUUUCCACUUCAACAUCUAUUUUAAAAAGCACUAUACUGUAUAUAUAAAAUGGUUCUAGUUUUAUACCAGCAUGCUCAAAAUCACACAUGGAGGGUCAUUUUUAUAAACUGAAACAUCUGGACACUAAGAGACUGAAAUAUCAUCCUGAAACUGUGAUUGUUGUUUGUUUAUGAAAAUAAAUGUAUUUUUUAACUUG